AUGAAAACAAGUUUUCUACCUAACAAUGAACCUGCUCGGACGAAUCCGAUCUCAGAACAAGAGAGCUUUGCAUUACAGCAAACUCCUAAUCAGCUUCAUUUAGCUCAACAGGAGAUCAAUAAUCUACGCCUUCUAAAUGUUUGUCUUCAAACAACCUUGAUUCGUGUUCAGACUCAAUUAAUUGAAUAUUUACCCGAAAAUAACAAUGAUGAUAUCAAACGAAAUAAUACUCGACAGCAACUAGCUCAUCUACGUCGAUCCGAUGAUCAUACGCGACAAAUCAUUUCGAAUCAACAAUUCUCAUUCCUUCGAUUUUUUGAUCAACCUCCGAAACUCUCGACUAAUAAACACAUAUCCUUAGUCAAAAUUGAAAAACAAAUCGACAUUUUCCAUGAAAUGUUUCACGAGCUUCAUACAAUCAUUCAUACAGAACAUCACGAUCGCAUCUGUCAACUGUAUAUCACUUUAGCUCAGACAUCUCAGUCAAUCACUCAAGCUCAUGAAGGUAAAAAGAAAGUAUUAACCGGUGUUAGUAAAUACAAUUUCUUCGAUUCAGUUUUAGACAAGACCAUUGACACUCAUCGAUUAAUUACAAAACAAAAAUUAAAACGAAACUUCUUCUUUGUUUUGCUCAUAUUCAGUUUUAUUUCAACAAUAAUAUUUAUUAUGAUCAUCUCUAUUCGAAUGCAUUAA